AUGAACAAGACGCUCGCUGUUCAUGCCAAAUAUGGCGACAUUGUACGGAUUGGGCCUCACAUGGUGUCUGUCAGCAACCCCGAAGCUAUUCAGACAAUCUAUCCGAUUAGGUCCGGGUUUCCCAAGAGUGACUUUUACAGUGCAUUGCGUCCAUAUUCUAGUGAGCGUGGCUCUAUGCUACUGGUAUUCAACACACAAGACGAACAAAUGCACAAGAGGCUCAAAAGUCCAAUUGCUCCGCUUUUUUCACUCUCGAACACUGUCACAUUCGAAGGACUGGUCGAUGAUGUACUUGCCUGUCUGUCUGAACAGCUAGACAAGCGCUUCGUGGGCACGACGGAAAUACUCGACUUUGGCAAAUGGGUGCAAUAUUUCGCCUUUGAUGUUAUGGGAACCAUGUCCUUUUCCAAACGAUACGGAUUCCUUGAUCAAGGCCGGGAUGAUGAGGGAAUGCUAGACGCUAUUUUCAACUACAUGAAGACUGCGGCACCAAUGACACAGAUUCCUUGGCUGGACCCCUGGUUCUAUAAAAACAAGAUUGUCCACAGCUUUAGACGGACUCCGGGAAUGUCAAUUCUUGGGGUUGUGAGCAAAGCCAUUCGAGAGCGACUGGACGGCAACGACGACGCUGGCACGCAAACUAGCGGGAAGGAUUUUCUAUCUCGCUUCCUUGAGAUUCACCGGGCUAACCCAGACUUGCCACCAUGGGCGUCAACUGCUUGGACGUUUUCGAAUGUUAUAGCAGGCUCUGAUUCAGUUGGCUCUGUAAUGCGAACGAUUCUGUGGUAUGUGCCAUUAAAGCCUGAUCAAUCAGACAACCUGGUAAGUCAUCCGGACACGCUCCAAGCAUUGCAGCGUGAACUAGACGCUGCAAAUCUCUCUCGUCCAUAUCCAAAAUGGAACGAGGUCCGCGAUUUGGAAUAUCUGGACGCAUGCGUCCAAGAGGCUGUGCGCAUACAUCCACCGUUUGCUCUUCCCUUUGAGCGGGUUGUUCCCGUCGGCGGAGUUGACGUAAUGGGCAAGUAUCUGCCGGAAGGCGUUUUCGUCGGUGGUAACCCAUACGUGGUCAACCGACACAAACCCACAUUUGGCGAGAACGUAGAAGAUUGGAGUCCGGAGAGAUGGCUUGGUGGCGAAGGUCACAAGAAGAAACUUGAGCAGAGCAUACUCACCUUUGGCGCCGGGAGACGUGUGUGUCUUGGAAAGUACAUUGGCUUGUUUGAGGUUAAGAAGUUAAUACCUUUUCUGAUUCUCAACUACGAGAUUCAAAUCAUCGACCCCAAAGCUCUAACGGUGGAGAACGGCUUUUUUUUCAAGCAGGAAGGUUUCAAUUGCAGAAUAAAAAAACGCAAGCAGUCAUCAACAGACUAG